ACUAAGUCAUUUUGCAAUUGCUCCGGCGCAUAAAUCGCUUCUCUGCAUGUGCUCUCUCUCUCCUUCUAGGUUGUAUAUAUACACACAAACCCACACAGUUUCAUGUCUGUCUCUUUUUAUUUUUACUUUAUACAUAGAAGCCAAAUCAAUGGGAAACUGCCUGAGACACGACAAUGGCCUUGCUGGAAAAGAGAAGGACGACGAUCUCGAACCCGAGCUCCCGGUUGAGUUAUUGGAAGAAGGUAAAGUGAGUAGCAGCGAGGAAGGAGGAAGUGAUAGAUCAACAGAAGAGUCUAAGGUGGUGAGGAUCAAAGUAGUCGUGACAAAAGGAGAACUUAGACAAAUCUUGGGUCACAAGAAAGGUAUCAAUUCCAUUCAACACUUAGUUCAUGUUCUCAAAGAUAAUGGCAGAAACAUCUCCAAGGCUUAUGAAGAAGAAGAACAAGAUGAAAAUUGGAGGCCUACGUUAGAAAGCAUUCCUGAGAAUCAUUAUUGAAAUAAAUCAUAUUUUUUUUUUCAACUAAGUGUCCAGUUUCUUCUCUUUUCUUACCUUUUGCUGUCUAUGAUUGCUCCUUUUUAACCAAUGUUGUCUCAGGAACAUUGGUUUUCUUUUUCUUUCCUUGUUUUUUUUUCCCAAGAUGUUUGGUGCUUUCUGUUUUUUUAGAGCACUAAUUAACUAUUACAUGUCAUCAUGUGUUGUCUUAUAUAGUUAAUGAAAUGUGGAAUUUUAUAUAUGUGGUCGAAAGAUCAGAGUCUUUUAUGUGCAAG